AUGCGGUAUAUGCGUCGAAGCAACAACAAUAAAUGGCGUCCGGCAGAUGGCGGCAGUUCAGGAAGGUGGUGCAGCGACGACGGGUAUUCGAACAAGACCAGCUGGAGACCAGUAACCUGAAGAGAUGUUUGACCGGUUGGGAUCUAACAGCACUGGGUUUGGGCAGCACCCUCGGAGUCGGUGUGUACGUGUUGGUGGGUUCAGUGGCUCUGCAUUUGGCUGGACCAUCCAUCGUCCUCUCCUUCUUGGUGGCAGCUGUCGCAUCUCUGUUUGCAGGGUUAUGUUAUGCGGAGUUCGGUGCCAGAGUGCCAAGGGCUGGUUCAGCAUAUAUCUACACGUACGUGACUGUCGGCGAGUUGUUGGCCUUUCUAGUUGGUUGGAACAACAUCCUCGAGUCUGCCUUCGGAACAGCGAGCGUGGCUCGAGGGUUGAGUAUGUACGUGGACACAAUGACGAACAAGACCAUGUCAGAUUGGUUCACGGCCGCACUACCAGUCGGAACAAAUCAGCUGUCUCCGUACUUCGAUCUCUUCGCGUUCCUGAUCGUUAUUCUUUUAGGAGUACUUUUGGCGUUCGGAGUACGCGAGUCGUCAAUGGUGAACAACGCAUUAGCUUUAGUCAACACUCUUGUUAUCAUUUUUAUUGUCUUCGCCGGAGCGUUUAAAGCGAACAGUGAUAAUUGGAAGAUUCCAGCCGAUGAGGUUCCCGAGGGCUUCGGAUCUGGAGGUUUUUUUCCGUAUGGUGUAGUGGGUAUGCUCAGAGGCGCGGCCAUAUGCUUCUAUGGAUUUGUUGGCUUUGACAGUAUCAGUGCGUCUGGUGAGGAGGUGAAAGAGCCACGACGCACCAUCCCAUUCGCAAUAUUGACAGUCCUGACAAUAGUAUUUAUCGCAUAUUGCAGUGUUGCCAUUGUAGUUACUAUGAUGGUUCCGUAUUUUCUUCAGGAUACAGCAGCGGCAGUAGCAACAGCAUUCACAUUUGUGGGUUGGGACUGGGCCAGAUGGGUGGUUACAGUUGGUGCUAUAUUCGGAAUCUCUGCCAGCUUGUUCGGUGCUAUGUUUCCACUCCCACGUCUCCUUUACGCGAUGUCAUCGGAUGGGUUGCUGUUCCAUUGGCUAUCACACGUAUCAGCAUCCAGACAGACACCAGUUAUCGCUACCGUGCUACCAGCUGUCAUUAUAGCGCUUCUGGCGGGGCUUUUGGAGCUGGAGCAGCUGGUGAUGAUGAUGUGUAUCGGCACGCUAUUCGCUUACACUAUAGUUGCUGUUUGCAUCAUUGUACUUAGGUAUAGAUCGAGUGAGGUCGCAGAAUCAGCAUCAAGUUCCAUCAAGCAGAUAAUGGGUUGCUCGGAGAGGACGCCUUCGAAGACCACUUUCAAUAUUGUGAUAAUUAUGUUAAUUAUCUACCUGUGCGCGUGCGUGUCGUCGGCGCUGGUGUGGCGGCUGGCGCGCGCGCGGGCGGUGCCGCUGGCCGCGCUCAACGCGCUGGCCGCCAUACUGCUGCUGCUCAUGGCGCUGCAGCCCACACAACGAGAGCACCUCACGUUCAAGACUCCAUUCGUCCCGGUCAUUCCUUGUCUGAGUAUUUACUUUAAUAUUCACCUGAUGACAUUCAUCAACGUUCAAACUUGGAUAAGAGUUCUUAUUUGGAUUUUAAUCGGUAUACCGAUUUACAUAAUUUGCGUUUGCUGCUAUAAACGACAAAAGAAUACUAACUUGGAACAAAAUAUCAAAUCAUUUUCGAACGCAACGAAAAAUGGCAAACCAGCAAUACAAAUUAUUGUAGAGUCUCCUACACCUCCAGAUACUAUGAAUAGAAGUAGUGAUAUUGGAGGAGAGAACACUGAUAAUAGGGAAGUUGGGAAAACUGAAAUAAAUAUAGAAAUGAAAGAAAAAGCAGUUACUAAUGAUAUUGUUCCUUAUGAAACUGAAGAAGUAGUUGUGCAGCAUGCAGCAGUGAUAGAAAAUAACGAAGAAAAAGAAGCAAAAAUAAUAGAUUUGUUAGACAAAGUUCUACAAGAUGAAGAAGAUAGUUAUAGUGAAAUAAUCAGUUGGAAAGAUCCUAAAGAAGAUGAUUACGUUUCUACAAAGAAUGAGGUUGGAAUUCACAGAAAAUCAUUAAGUGAAUUAUCAGAUACUGAAUCGGAUGCAUCCUUAGGUAAUAACAUAUUAUCUAAAUAUGAUGUAAUAGCGCAAGUGCACAGAGAAGAUUUACCUAUAGUAACAGAGGAGAGAUUAGAUAUGGGAGAAGGCAAUGUGCUUGUCAAUAACGAUGAAAUUGAAGAACAAGAAAUAGUGACUGAAAUUGAUAAUAGUGAAACUAAUUCAGGAACGGGUGAAUCUGGGUAUUCAGAUACUAUUGACAAAACUGCACUUAACGAUUCCAUUGAAGAUGUUCCAAAUAUUCCACCACCUCCACCGAUGGAUGAAAACUAUUUUGCAAGUCCUUAUUUUAAGAAAUCAUAUACAGUUCCUAAACGACCGUCUAAAGUGAAGGUAGAAUAUCAAGAAGAGGAGAGUAAACCCAGGGAAAGCAUUAAGUCGAAUAGUUCUCUAGGCGAAGAUAAUUUAGUGUUUGGCAGCGACAGGCAAAUAAAUUUCUUAUCAAAAUUAAAUGAUAUUUUUCAGAAUAAAAUGAUAGCAGAUGAUGGCGAUGAACUGAGAAAAAGAUCACAUUCAACGGGUAAUGUAGUUGAAAAUACUCCGUUUUCACCUCGUGAAAUACCACCUAUGUUUUCAGAUUUAAAGAGAGAGAUAAUUUCAAGGGAAGCGACACAGAAUUUGCGUCCUAUAAACAAAGAUGAUAAAGUUAAUACAGAAGUGAAAGAAGAAGAAGACGAAGAGGACCAAGAUAUAAGUUUGAGUAAAGAAGAUUUAAAAUCUAAAUUAGAGAACAUUUUUGCAAUGGGCGGACCGCAGCUUUUAAAACCAAGAUUAAUGAAAUCGAAUCCGCCAACACCAGAAGAAUCGUAUCAAACAGAUAAUAAUUCCAGUACAGAAAGUAUACCUAAACUGCCCAAGUUGGACAAAAACGAUACACUUAAGAGACAGAAAGCAAAAUUUAGUGAAGUGUUGAGCUCUUUUCGAUUAAGUUUAAAUAAAGAUGAUGAUGUGUGA